AAAAAAGGGAAUCACAGCUUUGCGUCAUUUGAACUGAAAGGUUGACGGCAGAAGACAAGACAGCAAGCAGCAGGGAGAACACAGCAACUUUCAUCACUUGGCACACCCACACUGAGCUAAUCAAGAGCCACUAAUUAACCUAACAGCACGUCUCCAAACUCUGAAAGGAAGCCAUAAGGCCAGUAGAAGAGCAACAUGAACACGGAGAGAAUGUACAAACUCCACACUGAAGGAAGCCCAAUGAUGUGAGGAAUUUUUUUGACUGUGGGCAGUCUGAGGACCCUCUGCAAAAGUCUGUGCAGCCAACAACCCAGACAUAAUCGCAACCUGCUUAAGGCUGAGAGCUUACAUGUGUAUCCAGGGGGAUGAUAACUUUUCCCUAUUUAAUGGAUGAUGGUCUGUGGACUCCUCUAACUACUGACAUCCUUCAUAUCCUCUCUGUCACCUGCUCCAGGAGUUGCCAUGAAGGAUUUCUAACCAUAGGUAAUGAAGAGGUAUAGGACCAAUCCUGGAGAUGCCGAAGAGACGAGACAUUCUUGCCAUUGUGUUAAUUGUGUUACCUUGGACUUUACUGAUCACCGUGUGGCAUCAAAGCGCCAUGGCGCCUCUGUUGGCUGUUCGAAAGGCAUGUCAGCACCUAGUAAAAGAGUUGUUUAUCAUACCAGAGAAGCUUGCAGUACGACGGCACCAUAUUGCAGAUGAUGGAAGUGAUGGCCGCCGAGAUCUGAGUCAAGGUUCUGACUCAAAGGAAUAUUGCCCCUUGGAUAGGGACAUAGUGGAAGUGGUCCGGACGGAAUAUGUUUAUACCCGUCCUCCUCCAUGGUCAGAUGUACUGCCCACCAUUCAUGUCAUCACACCCACGUACAGCCGGCCGGUGCAAAAGGCUGAACUAACAAGGCUUUCUAACACUCUACUUCAUGUGCCAAAUUUGCACUGGAUUCUGGUAGAGGACUCCCAAAGGAGAACACCUCUGGUAACUCGAUUACUCCAUGAAACUGGACUGAACUACACCCACCUGAAUGUGGAGACACCCAGGAAUUACAAGUUAAGGGGUGACAUGAGAGAUCCUAGGAUCCCGCGGGGCACCAUGCAGAGAAACUUAGCCUUGCGUUGGCUUCGAGAGACAUUCCACAUCAACCACACACAGCCAGGCAUUGUCUACUUUGCGGAUGAUGACAACACAUACAGCCUGGAACUGUUUGAGGAGAUGAGGUCAACCAGGAAAGUUUCUGUGUGGCCAGUAGCAUUUGUAGGUGGCCUCCGGUACGAGUCACCCAAAGUCAACGCAGCAGGCAAAGUAUAUGGCUGGAAGACAGUAUUUGACCCACAUCGGCCAUUUGCCAUCGACAUGGCAGGUUUCGCUGUUAACCUCCGACUAAUCCUCCUGAAACCCCAGGCCUACUUCAAGUUGCGUGGUGUUAAAGGCGGCUACCAGGAAAGCAGCUUGUUGCGGGAGCUGGUGACACUGAAUGAUCUUGAACCCAAAGCUGCCAAUUGCACUAAGAUUCUAGUCUGGCACACCAGAACGGAAAAGCCUGUCCUAGUUAAUGAGGGUAAGAAAGGAUUCACAGACCCCAACAUUGAAAUCUGAAGCUGAUAAAGAAAUAGGGACACUUUUCUAAGUGGACUGACAAGAAUUAAGUUGGAGCUGCUGUGCAGUUAUGUCGCUGAGUCAGCUGAAAAUAGCAGGCACAUCAAUGGAGAUCCCACAUCCGAAACCAUUCUAAUGAAACUCUCAACAAAAGACAAUAUACAUAAAUAAAGUUAUGUAAAAAGAAAAAAAGCACAGAAAAUAUGGGAUGGCAAUAUUUAUUAUUCCAAGUGAGAAACCAAGAUAUUGAGCAAAAGGAGAGAGAAAAAAAAAGAGGGGGACGGGACUUUUCUUUUGUUUUUUUUUUUUCUUUCUUUCUUUCUGUUUUUUUUCUUUUGCAUCUGCAUGGCCUGACACCAUAAUUAAAGUUAAAAAACAAAAAAGCAUCUCAUGAAGACAGCCACUGGGAGACUUGGACACCUGCUGAAGAACACCUCGCCACAGACAAUUGUUACUUGGCUGUUUUUACAAAGGGAUGUGGAGUUGUAAUUGCUGUUAAACAAUGGGCACACUCCCCUGAGAGAAGGAAGGAUGGGCUGCCGCCAUUGUGUGAACCCCACCCUGAAACACUGACUCGUAACCCACUGGAUGGACCUGUUCAAUGCACACUGGGAAAAAAGCAACAAACUGAACAGAGUUUUGAGCCAAAAGGACUUUGAUGUCUCUUUGCAAAUGCAUUGCAUAAGUGAAAGGAUUUUUUUUUUGUAUGUUUUUCAUUUCAUUUAAUUUUAAAUGAUUUUUUUUUUUU